UUUAGUUCCAGUAUAUACAUCCAUCUACCUAAAGAACCACCCAAGAAUCCACCAAAAUGCACAUCCCAACCCUCCUCACAGCUCUAACCAGCACUCUGGCGCUCUCCGCCGAAUUCCAAGUCCUCAAGCCUAGAAACUGGGACCUCCACCUCCUCAGCCCCGGCUGCUCCCCCAACAGCUCCAACUUCGACGUAUCCCUAUACCACCGCUCGGGCGUGGCCGCGCGCAGCUGCGUCUCACUGACCGACGACGGGGCGACCCUCGACACCGGCAAGAUCGACAGUAUCUCGUGGAAGAGCCCGAUCGAGAAGCAUUAUGAUCUGUGCACGUUUAAGGAUGCCAGUUGCUCGAAGGAGGGGUUUGUUGGGGCCGUGAGGAGUGAUUGGGCGGUUUGUUAUCCGUACCAGGGGUGGAUGGCUUGGAAGGUUGUGGGGUUUGGGGAGGAGUGUUUUUAGUUUAUUGGGGAUGGAUGGGGUGAGUUAUGUAUUUAUGGAUGUAUAUGGGUUUAUGGAUGGGUUUGAGAGAAUCUUUUGACAUAGUAUUGGGAUCGUGGUUUUAUGUACAGGAUGACGGAUUGAACAGGAUAGUUUAUGAAUGUUGAAUAUAGCCAAAGAUGUGAUGAGU